AUGACACGUGGAGUGAAUGUACAAAGACGGCUAGUUAAGAUCUCCAUAUCAGAAUGUUCAGCGGUUGCUGCGAUUAUCAGCCUUCUGAAGCGAUGUUACUCGAGCUUACCUUACCCGAUCGUGAAAUCGGCACCAAAAGGCCGUUUCGCCGGACUGAAACGUGCAUAUGAGGUGGAGGAUGUACUGAAGCUAAAAGGAUCCAUCGAUAUCGAAUAUACAUUGGCGACUCGAGGUGCAAAUAAGUUAUGGCAGUUGCUACAUACAGAACCGUAUAUCGCCGCACUGGGCGCACAAACCGGAAAUCAAGCUGUUCAGAUGGUUCGGGCUGGACUGAAAGCCAUUUACCUUUCGGGUUGGCAAGUGGCUGCAGACGCGAAUUGUGCAGGUGAUAUGUAUCCUGAUCAGUCGCUGUAUCCUGCAAAUUCUGGUCCUGAACUUUGCAAACGCAUUAACAAAUCUCUACGACGAGCCGAUCAGGUAGAAGCUGUUGAAGCAGAAGACUAUCUUUCACCACGCGAUUGGUAUGCACCAAUUGUCGCGGAUGCUGAAGCCGGAUUCGGUGGUUCUCUCAACUGUUUCGAACUUAUGAAGGUAACACUUCUACCUUGA